AUGGUACCAUCAUGUUUCGAGGUGAUCCUUGUCGGUUUCAUCCUUAUUUUACCAUUUUUAUACGAAAUGAGCAGGACCUUUCGUUAUUAUUUCAAGAUUUCCUUCUACUGUGGAUAUAUGAUGAUAAAUUCAUUUUUAUUGCUCCCAAUUCUGAUGUUACGACCAAGGAACGUAAAAAACUAUCUAUUAGGAUCACUUAUGUGUUCUUGGCUUACUAAAUUCUUAGGAGUACAUUGGGAAUUAAGGGGGAAAGAACAUUUAGAACAAGAAAGAGCAUGUAUAAUAGUAGCAAAUCAUCAAAGUUCUUUAGAUGUAUUGGGAAUGUUCAAUAUAUGGCCAAUAAUGGGAAAAUGUACAGCUGUAGGAAAAAAAGAAAUUUUAUAUGCAUGGCCAUUUGGUUUAGCGGCUUGGUUUUGUGGAAUGAUAUUUAUAGAUAGAAUGAAUUCAGAAAAAGCCCAUUCAGUUAUUAAUAAUGCUGCAAAUUAUAUUAAAGAAAAAAAGAUAAAAUUAUGGAUAUUUCCUGAAGGAACUAGACGCAAUACUGGUAAAAUUUAUCCAUUUAAAAAAGGUGCUUUUCAUGUUGCUAUACGUUUUCAAUUACCCAUAUUACCAGUUGUAUUUUCCUCUUAUUAUUUUUUAUCUUCUGAAGAAAAGAAAUUUGAUUCUGGUCGUGUUAUUAUAACAACAUUACCUCCAAUAUCUACAAAAGGAUUAAAGACAGAUGAUACUGAACAUUUAAUGGAAAUAACACGAAACAUUAUGAUGGAAGCUUUUCAUACAACUAGUCGUGAAAUACAGUUUUCAAAUGCUUCUGCUACUUCCUAAAGUAAAGCAGUUAUUUUAUUGUAUAAAUAAAUUUUAUAUUCAUUC